AUGACGCCGCUGUCAAACAAAUAAAACGUAAAUAAAAACAUAGCCUCCGAUGGCGUCAUAUAUCGCGCGCCUGGUGUUUAAAUAGUUAAAUAGAAAUAAAUAAAAACAGUAAAAUAAAACUUCGAUUUGUAGCUAAUUUUACCAGGCCAGUGGACUUUCUGGAAUUCUGGAAAAGGGUAGCAUUUCCCAGGGGGAAAAGGUUUUCCUUUCGGGUCCGACUUGCCAACGGGCCAACAGUGCGACCGAGAACCGGGGAAGGAGUGGGCGAGAGUAUGGCAACAAACCGGGGCGGUAGCACGGUGUACCUCGAAAUGGACGGCCGGCGGGAGCAGCACGCCCUGCCGGAACAGGACGGCGAAAAUGACGCCGAUAGUGGUGAAGACACCGACGAGGCGAGCGAGAGUGAGCUGCUGACCGGCACGAACAACCAGCACAGCGUGGACGAGCGGAUGGAGAUCCGGGAGCAGAUGUACCAGGACAAGCUGGCGAACCUGCUCGGGCAGCUGGAGCUGCUGAAGCAGGGCAAGCACCCGGAGUACCUGAAGAUCGUCGACCGGCUGCAGCUCGAGCUGGAUGACCGGGUGCUGCUGAACGAGGUCGAGCGGGACUACCUGCUCGCGUGCGCGGAGCGCGACUGCAUCCUCGAGAAGGCGGCCGCGGAGAAGGAGUUCGACGAGAAGAAGGCGGAGCUGAUCGAGAACCUGAUCGCCGACCUGGAGGACCAGAAGAAGAUGAUCGAGCACGAGUUCGCGACGAUGGAGCUGAACGGCGACUCGGUCGACGUGAAGCCGACCGUGACGCGGAAGCUGCGCCGCCGCCCGAACGAGCCGCUGCCGGUGCCGGAGAAGCGCCGCAAGCCAACGACCAACCAGCUGACGUUUCUGCUGGAGGACAAGGAGGUGGACCACGAUCUGAAGCUGAUCUCGCGCAGCAAGCCGAUCUCGGCGAGCCGGGCGGCAGCAGCGGCGGCGGCAGCUGCGGCCGCCGCCGCAGCCUCCUCCACCGCCGCCGCCGCUCAACAUUCCGUCAACGAUGGGGCGAGCGGUAGCACCGGCGGCACGGGUGGAGGAACGCAAACGGGUGGUGGCGGAGGAGGAGGAGUAGGAGUAGGAGGAGGAGGAGGGGGCGGCGGCGGAGGAGCGAAUGCUGCCGACCAGAACGGUGGAUCUCAGCCGGCGGAGGGCUACGGUGGCAGUGGGGCAGCACCCACGGGAACGGGCGGACAAUCGAACGCGCAACCGUCGACGGAAACGCGCAUCGAGGAUGGGAAGCUGUGGUACGAGCGGCGCUGGUUCCACCGCGGCCAGCCGGUGCACGUCGAGGGCCGGGACAUACCGCGCUUUCCGGCCAACAUCUCCGCGAUCGGGACCGAGGCGAUCUGCGUGAAGAAAACGUCCGACGGGCAGAAGGUGCGCAUCUUUCUGUCGCAUCUGCGCCGCGGCAAGGUGUCGAUCAAGCGGCGGGCCAACUAAACUAUGCGGACAAUGGGGGGGAGGGAGGGAAAGAAGGGCUUUUUCGGUAGAGAGGCAUGUUGGGCGUUUUUGCCGCCCGACGAGAACGAGAAGCGUUGUUUUGUGGUUUCCGAGCGCCACUGGACAAAUUUGUUUGGUUAGAGAUUUAUAAUAAUUGCGUGCGUUUUUUUUUUUGUAUAAGGAGAUUUGUGCGCUAUUUGUGAGAUAGGAAAAGGGCAGGGGCUGGGUGAAAUAGCCAAAAACCGUACGACACUUACCCACGGGCCAAAGUCGAUCUCGGAUUACAGUUGAGCAAUACACACACGCGCGCACACUAACAAAACCGCGGACUGCUAGGAGCUAACACGAUAAAACUAAGAAUUCGAGCUCGCGCUCGCUCACUCUUACCCCACGAAAUACACACACGCACGCAAACACA